UUCCUUCCCUCCGGAAAACUCACUUGCCAAGAUGCUGCGAUUCACGAACGACUCUUUCGCUACCCAGCCUAGAAAUAGGUGAGUGCUUCGCUCUUCUCCCCAUGCACGGCCGGACGAUCCCGAACACUUGCUGCCGCGAAUACUGCUGCCGGAUUUUAUGGCCGGAACAUUGAUUCCUCCUUUCUCUGUAUGGAAUGGUGCCGGAUGUUUACCUUGAGGAUCUUUGUGUUCUCUGUUCUCCUGGGAUGCGGACUGUCCUUCGCGAUGCCGGACAUCACACAGGACAGCUCGAAUCUUUUAUCAAAAAGAGAUCAGAAACGGUUAGAGCUGUUGAAGUCCUUGGAGGAAUAUUCAAAAGAAAUUAGUCAAGUUAAUGCUACUGUACAAAAUAUGACAAAGCCAGAUCUCCCACUACUCCCACUUCCAAAGCUAAACGAGCUCCGAGCUCGGAUGGCAGAAACUAGUCUGGAAAGAAGCUCUCUUCCUGAUGAAAAAAAUAUUCGUUCAUAUGAAGAUUUUUAUAGCAUUAUGUAUGGUACACAAGAAGGAGUGAACAUGUUAAGGAAACAGUUUGGUCCCACGGGGCUAGAAAGAGCUAGAGCAAAAUAUGGUGUCCAAAGAGGAAUGAAUGAUUUAAAAUCAGCAAAUGCACAUUACUUAAAAGUUCGCAACACUGGAAAGUGCAAAGACCCAAAAGCACAGGUAAUACGUGUAAAAGACUAUUAUCCGGACCCUUCGAGGGAAUACAUCCCUCGUUGCACAAUUCUUCACAGAUGUGGAGAUUUCACGGGAUGUUGUGACAGCGAUGCCUUCCAUUGUGUUCCCAGUGCCAUUCAAGAAGUGACACUCUCUUUUUAUGCAUUAACAAUUGGAAAAAAUGGCAUUUCCACUUCGAAUGAUGUCGAGAAAUUAUUAUUCCAAAAUCAUACGGCAUGUCAGUGUCAACCAAUAAAUGAUUUACCAAGACUACAGGAUGGUCUUAAUAACCUGCAGGACGGGGAAGAGGACCCUCCAUCCAAAUCAAAGUGCCGUGAGUGCCCAGUACCAUUUACGAGUCGUGUUUACAAGGAUGGCCGAUGCGGCUGCGACUGUUUUGAUCGCCAGAAACCCUGUCUGCGCAUCAAGAGGGGAAGAGAACCACUUUCUGAAAUUGAGAGAAGAUGUGUAUUGGCAAAUCAGUGCCACAUUCCUGAUUGCGAAUAUGGACUGUUUAAUCCUGAGAGUGGAUACUGUCCGAGAAGACAUGACGAAGACCAGAGAAUACACCGUCGUCCGAAUCAAUUGCACCACAACCAUAGGCGGAUACAUUUAGAAAGAGACUGAACCACCGUACAGUUCAAAGCCUUUUAUACAGUUAUUUUAUUUGCUGAUAAACUGCUGUGCGCAAAGACUACAAAUAUAAACAUUAAAUUUCAUGUCACUCUAGUAUUUUCAAAGAACUGUUCAUUUUUAAAUAAAUACAGAAACACUUUUGAGCUUUUUCGAUGAGAUUUGCAUUAACAAUCCCAUAUUUUAAGGCAUGUUUAUCAAUCAAUUUAAUGUGCGGUUAAAUGCCAGCAAGCAACAAGAAGUGCCAAAAGUUUUCUGUUAUUUUUAUAAGAACUUAUUUUAUAUAAAUAAUAUGGCAAAGAAUUGAUUGCAUGUUUUAUCCUCACAGUGGCAUUUUCAUUCAUUAUAUUUUUUCGUCAAAUGAUUGACAAAAUGUCGAAUUCAUUUAUUAUGUCACAUAUUUCUGAAUUGUGAAUUAUUUUAAUGUGUCACAUAUUUCUGAAAUGUGAAUUCUUUUAUAUUUGCACAUAUUUCAAUUUUGGUUAUAAAACAUUCAAUAAUGAGUUGCAGCAUUAUAUUAUAUGCGUAGCCUUUUUUAAAAUUUUUCAUAAGCCAGAUCGGAAUUUGUUAUUUUACGAGUUGUCUGCUCCUCGAAAAUUGAAAAUGUCCUUUUUGCAUUUCCUAAUUUAUAUUCCCAUUUGUGAUGUUUGUAUCUAAUGAUUAUUAAUAUAUCAUUAAUGGAUGAUAUUACAGUAAAAAAUAAAGUGAAUUUUUUUCCGACAAAUAAAAAAUAUUUAUAUAUCACUCAAUAAAAAGAAAUCAUGAAUUCGUAAAAAAAAAAAAAGAUGUUUCAUUAUUUUAUUUACUUUUUAUAUCACAUUAACCCAUGCUGCUUUAUGUCUGGCAUUUUUUAAUUUCUAAAUGGCUGUAUGUUAUAUUUUGUAUCAUCAAUUUUUCUCAUGUGCACAUUCUGUUAGAUGAAUG